AGUGAUAAAAAGCAUGGACUGUUGACCAAAAAAGAAAAGAAAAAAGAAGAAGCAUUGACUUACUCUCUAAUUAAUUGUUUAAUUAUUUAUAAUCCACAGAUAAUCUAGUGUUAGCUUAUUAAUUAUCCCCACGUCUCGCUUAAGAUAUUACAUUGCCUUUUUUGUUUUGUAUUAUUUGGGGGUAGGCUGAUCGUUUUGAGUUAGAAAAGAAAAGGGAAAAAGGCAUGUUCACCAGGUAAAAAGGAAAAAAGGCAUGUCUCCUAGUUUCGUUGGGAGACAAACCCCAAUAAUAAUAAUAAAAAUAAAAUUAUAGAAAUCCUUAACCCACAAGGAAAGAAGACCGCAAUAUAAACACAUUCAGUGAUCGAUUCACCACCAUGAUUGUUGUUGGCCUUCGUGAGUAGUUCAAUUCGACGUCUUCUUUUUUCUUCAACUGGUUCUUAUUCUGUCGCCACAGAAGAUGAAGAUGAAGCGAAAGAGAGAGCCAGUAAGCUUUCUUACUGUGGAACCCGAGUGCUGCCAUGAGGCCGUUCAGUUGUGGGGGAAUGCUAAUAAUACAAGGCGUCAACAAUCUAAUUUGACUGAAAAGGCAAGAAAGCACCUCUCUGCCAUGGGCUGGAAGUUUUGGUACACACUGCUUAAGCAUGGCAAGACUGAGUUGCGUUACGAGUCUCCAACCGGAAAACUCUACAACUCGCUACGAACCGCUUGCAAAGCCUACAUGCAAUCCCAAGGUGGAGGAGGAGUGUUUUCUGAAAGCAUUGGUUCGAAUUCCGUGGGGUGCUCUUCUAGUAAGGUUACAGCGCAAUCAACAUCAAUGGAAAGAUUACAAAAGAGAAAAGUCGAUGAAUCAUUUAAAAUUGAAGAUCAAAGUCCCAUGCCAAAACGAGGUAAGAUUCUUGCGGAUUUGAAAAGACUAAGAGAUCAGAAGAAAGCUAAUAGUCAGCAGGAUGAUAUAUCCACUGUGUGUCAAAAUGAUGAUCAGAGUGAUGAUAUAUGUACCGUGUGUCAUUAUGGGGGCGAGCUGAUCCUGUGUGAUAAGUGUCCAUCUGCAUUCCAUAUUAGUUGUCUUGGGUUGAAGGAACUGGCAGAUGGCGAUUGGUUAUGCCCAUCAUGUUGUUGUGGGAUGUGCGGGCAUGGAAAAUUUGAAGAAGGCAGCGGUGAAAAGCCCAAGGAUGAUAUGGAUAAUAGUAUGCUGAUAUGCAACCAAUGUGAGCAUAAAUAUCACAUUGGGUGCCUGAAGAAUGCAGGGGUUGUGAAAUUGAAAUGGGAUUCCAAGGGAAAUUGGUUUUGCAGCAGAAAUUGUGAAGACAUAUUUUUUAGCCUCAACGAGAUUUUGGGAAAACCGAUUCUGGUGGGUCCUGACAAUCUUACUUGGACACUGUUGAAGCCAUCUUCCUCUCAUUCUGAUAGGGAGGACUUGACAGAAAAUUACAGAAAACUCAAUUUGGCUCUGAGUGUGAUGCAUGAGUGUUUUGAGCCUUCUAGGGACCCUUACACCAAAAGGGACAUUGUUGAGGAUAUUAUUUUCAACAGAGAGUCAGAGCUGAGCCGCUUGAAUUUCAAAAGGUUUUACACAAUUGUUUUGGAGAGAGAUGAGGAAUUGAUUAGUGUGGCCACUGUAAGGAUCUACAUGGAGGUUGCAGAAGUACCUCUUGUUGCCACUAGGUUCCAUUAUCGUAGACUCGGAAUGUGCGGUAUUUUGAUGAAGGAGCUUGAGAAACAGCUCAUGAAGAUGGGAGUUGGAAGGUUGACUUUGCCUUCUGCUCCAAGCGCACUCGAUACAUGGACCACUUCAUUUGGGUUUUCAAAAAUGAAGGUGGAUGAGAGGUUGCAGUUUCUGAGUUAUACUUUAUUGGAUUUCCAGGGUACUAUUAUGUGCCAUAAACUCUUGAGACAUAGCGAUACUGACGGAUCGACCAGUGCCAACUCUACAGUAACUCAGGCAGAAGACAAACAGCUGGAGAAUGGAGCUUUAGACCAUGAUCGCAAGUUUUUGAUUGAUGAUGUUGAUAGCAUGUUUUUGGACAUUAACAACCCAGGUUUCUUAUCAUGGCACAUGGGUUUAGGCUGAUUCCAGAAUCUUAUAAGGGCAGCAAAAACAUAAAAUGUAAGGAUUAUAAUUGUGCCUAUCAAGUAAAGCCUUUUGGAUCUUAAAGCAAAACAGAAAACUCCAGGC